AUGGACAAGCACCACCACCACCACCUUCUCCCACACCAGGUUUUAGCAGCAUCCUCCACUUCGAGUACAUCCUUCACAGAUGUAAUCUCACAGUACCAGUACAGCUCGCCUCCCGGUAUCUGGAGCGAAGAAGAGCCCCAAGAGCGCAAGCCAGCGGUUGUUGUCGUUGAAGCGUGGAACAUGAAGGAUUCACCCGCGAAGAUCUCACGUUUGUCAGAUGUAGAAUUGGAUCUCCUGGAAGAUGAUGUGAUUCUCUUUUGCUUUGGUGUUCUCACGACUCAGGCACUGCUCCUUCCGCGUUUCCAGUUCAAUAUCUCGAAAAGUCGUCGCUGGGGUGUCAAGCUCACCAUGUAUGGGUGCACUAUCAUAAAGUCAGCCAUCUAUGAUACUCAGAAAGAAGCCAAGUCCGAUAUCUGCCGUGCUGCAUUGAAGAAGCUGCAACCUGAAUUUCCGGAUUGGAAUUUGCCUGAUGAUCUUGACAACAUUGAAUCGUCGGUCGAUUGGGAUUGGGUUGAUCUCCUCCAAGAAUUCUGUGCUCACAACGGCUUUGAAUUGCCUCGCUACACUAAAGUCAUGCACGAGAACGAGUUUUAUCAUAAGGUUCAGGUCCAUCGUACGACCUACACUGGCAAAACUGGGACCUAUGCUGAAGAUGAACACUCACAAAGAUCAUGCGCCUUGUUGGCUCUGCAGCAAAUAUAUAUUAAUGGCUCUGAAACAAGUAGCAAUCUCUCGGGCACGCUUAUUCUAGAGGGGUUGGAUGCUAGGCUGCUCGCCUUGGUUCCGAGGGACCCUCUCCAGACGCGGACCUACAUCUGGGAAAGUUCCAACUAUGCGAAAGCCCCUCGCAAGAAGCCGCGUGGACGCACCGAGCAGUCUCAUCAGAGAAAACGACAAGCUGAACAUGAGCUCUCAGCUGGGUUCCCCAACGAGGUUGAUGGCAACAGCAAGCGCCCCAAAAGCGUCCCUCGAAACUCGAAUAUGUUGCCACUUCAACACUCCAGGUUGGCCUCAAUUGAGGUACCUGUCAAGAAAGACGAAAAGAGGUGGGCAGUAACGCCCCGUCAAGUCCAGUUGCAGAUACGUGGUCUGGGUUCGUCUACUGAAAGAUUGCAAAAGGUCUGCGAUCUCCUCUGUUUGGAAUACCCUGAGAUCCGAGUUGAUAGACAGGACGGGCGCUUGGUCGACACGCUCGGAGAAUAUACUGCAGGCGCUUACUUCAAGAGCGACCCAUUCCUGCGGCGCGCCGGCGCCGUCGGCCCCGUGACCGGUCUGCAGGACAACAGGUCACUGGCCGAACAAGCCUGUGCCGAAGAGGUGGUCAAGUACCUAAUACAGAUAGUCGCAGAGGAUGAAGAGCUUGAGAUCAACAUCGCGAAACAGCGUCAGAGUGUUGAACAGUGGAAAGCCAAGAAUGAAGGUUUUCUGAUGCAUGAUCACCAGUAGCAGUGCGUUGUUGUUGCUGAAACCAGCUGUCGGUUACCCAACUAUGAAUCAAUGCCAGAUUCAAGAAGUGCUGACAGGGAGACAUUGGUUCCUGUGCAUCAUCUGUUUGUUUCCGGGGGAUAUUUCAGUUCUGGUAUCAUCGCGGGUUGUACGAUGGCGGGUUUGUUUCCAGGAGUGGGAGGAAAGGACUAGAUGUG